GCCAUGGAGAAGCUGGCGGCCGGGCUGGCGGGCCUGCGCUGGAGCAUGGGCGCCUUCCCGCUGGACCUCAUCGUCAGCCGCUGCCGCCUGCCCACGCUCGCCUGCCUCGGGCCAGGGGAGUAUGCGGAGGGCGUCAGUGAGCGAGACAUCCUGCUCAUUCACUCCUGCCGGCAGUGGACCACAGUGACAGCCCACACCCUGGAGGAGGGCCACUAUGUCAUCGGACCCAAGAUUGACAUCCCCCUGCAGUACCCAGGGAAGUUCAAGCUCCUAGAGCAGGCCCGGGAUGUGCGGGAGCCGGUGAGGUACUUCAGCAGCGUGGAGGAGGUGGCCAGUGUGUUCCCUGACCGAAUCUUUGUGAUGGAAGCCAUCACCUUCAGUGUCAAGGUGGUGUCGGGUGAGUUCAGCGAGGACAGCGAGGUGUACAACUUCACGCUGCACGCGGGCGAUGAGCUCACGCUCAUGGGCCAGGCCGAGAUCCUGUGCGCCAAGACCACCAAGGAGCGCUCGCGAUUCACCACCCUGCUGCGCAAGCUGGGCCGGGCCGGGGCGCUGGCAGGGGUGGGUAGCGGCGGCACCCCAGGGGCCCCGGGGGGUGGGGCCGGCGGCGGCGGCGGAGGGGGCGCCAGGCCCCUCAAAGGCAAGAUGCCCUGCCUCAUCUGCAUGAACCACCGCACCAACGAGAGCCUGAGCCUGCCCUUCCAGUGCCAGGGCCGUUUCAGCACGCGCAGCCCGCUGGAGCUGCAGAUGCAGGAGGGCGAGCACACGGUGCGCGCCAUCAUCGAGCGCGUGCGGCUCCCGGUGAACGUGCUGGUGCCCAGCCGGCCGCCGCGCAACCCCUACGACCUGCACCCGGUGCGGGAGGGCCACUGCUACAAGCUGGUCAGCAUCAUCUCCAAGACCGUGGUGCUGGGGCUGGCGCUGCGCCGCGAGGGCCCCGCGCCGCUGCACUUCCUGCUGCUCACCGACACGCCGCGCUUCGUGAAGGAGGAGUGCCGCCUGCUCAACGCCCCACCUGUGCCUCCACGGGGUGCCAACGGCAGCGGGCGGCUGUCGGGCAGCCCCCCGGUGCCCCCACGCUUCCCCAAGCUGCAGCCUGUCCACUCACCCAGCUCCAGCCUCUCCUACUACUCCUCUGGCCUCCAGGAUGGGGUGGGUUCCCGCAGUGGCAGUGGCUCUCCGUCGCCGGAUGCCUACUCCCUCUAUUGCUACCCAUGCACCUGGGGAGACUGCAAGGUGGGCGAGUCCUCUAGCCGCCCGCCCCCGGGCCCCCUGCCCUCGACCACGCAGCCCAGCCAGGCCUCCUGGGUCCUCGCGGAGCCCCUGAGCAGUCGAGCUGCCUCCCUCUUGGGCACUGACAGCCCUGUCAAGACCUACCACAGCUGCCCGCCUCUGUUCAAGCCCUCUCACCCCCAGAAACGCUUUGCUCCGUUCGGAGCGCUCAACCCCUUUUCCGGGCCUGCCUACCCCUCGGGCCCGGCAGCGGCCUCCUCUUCUGGGCCCACAGCCUCCUCGGGCCCCCUGGCUACCUCCAGCCCUGCUUAUUCCCCAGGCCCAGGCUCUCCAGGCCAGACCUAUGCAGCUGCUCCCGCCUCCUCCUGCCCCACCUCCUCCUCCUCUUCCUCUGAGUGGCAGGAACCGGUCCUGGAGCCCUUUGAUCCCUUUGAGCUGGGGCAGGGCAGCUCUCCAGAACCCGAGCUGCUGCGUGGUCAGGAGCCCAGAGCUGCGGGGGCCUCUGGGCCUGGACCCUGCCUCUCGCCACUUGGACCCCCCAAGGCCUUUGAGGCUGAAGGUUUGGUGCUGCGGCAGGUCCCUGCCCCACUGUCACCAGCAGCCCUGCAGGGGCCAGAGGCCGGCGGAGCUCGACUCCUUCUCAGCCAAGGGUGCCUGGAAGGGCCUCCUGCCAGUCCUCGGGAUGGUGCCCCAGGCUGGGGAGGCCGGGAUGCGUCCUCCUGGCAGCCCCCCGCUGACCUGUCUGCACUCUCCCUGGAGGAAGUCUCUCGAAGCCUGCGUUUCAUCGGGCUCUCAGAGGACGUGGUGAGCUUCUUUGCCCGAGAGCGCAUCGAUGGCAGCAUCUUUGUCCAGCUCAGUGAGGACAUCCUGGCCGAUGACUUCCACCUCACCAAGCUGCAGGUCAAGAAGAUCAUGCAGUUCAUCAAAGGCUGGCGGCCCAAGAUCUGACCUUUCUUGUGGGCAGCUGCACAACUCGGCAGGCUGGCCGAGAGGCCCUGGGGCCAGCGCGGCCACAGGGGGCAGCCCUCCCGGAGCUGGGGGCGGGGAUGCCAAGACCGAGGCUGCUAGGCUGCCGAGUGACUCCAGGGAGACACACUUGGGCAUGGGGCCUGCUGGGCCCCUGCGCAGAACGGCAAGACUGGCGGCACCACUGCCCAUGUGGGCCCGGUGACACUUCUGCUGAUUCCCAGAGAGGAGGGUGAGAAGCUGGCCUGCAUGGCGACCUGUACCCCGGCUGCGGAGCUUCAGCCAUCUUGCACUUCUUAAACUUGUAGGUCCAGGUUAGAGACAGGGAAGGUGGUCUGCAAUUUAAGCACAAAUCCCCCAAGUGCCGUCUCCUUGCGCUCUGCAGGCGUUUGGUGGAAGGUGCCAGAGUCCGAGUGCCGAUUUCUGUGUCUCUGGGACGCCCUUCCUGCCCCCUGCUGCUCCGCCCCACGGCGGGCUCGGACCUGAGCACAGGUGUGUCCGGUGCAGGUUGUGUCCUUUCACUUCCGAGGCCCUACCUCUGGGUUCUGGUUCGCGGAAGAGCACAGCUCUGCUGGUGACUUGCGGAUCUAGUUAGGGAGGCGGAUGCCCCCCACCCCGCUGUGCCUCUAGCACCCUCGCUUCUGCCCUGCGCUGGUGCCCAGCUAGCCCUCCAUCCUGCCAGCUGGGUCCGGCCCGGAGGUUCUGCCGCCAUGGAGAGCAGAUUGUGGUCAGCUGCUCCUUGAGUCUAGAGACAGGUGGCCUUCGGCUGCUCCCACUUCCACCCGUCUCCUGUCCCCAUCGGUUGGCAGUGGCAAACACGAUGCCUUUCCCUGGUUCUGUCAUGCCACAUGCAGGUGGGCACAGAUGGGCAAGCAUGUGAGUUGGGGAGCUGACCCUUUCUUUUCCCUGUGGACCCCGCUGCGCCUAGCCAAAUGCCUCGAAGCAGGCCUGCACGCCCUGGGUUUGGGGCUCUGCUGGGCACCCAGUGUGCUGCCAUUGGGCACAACCACACCACCACACCCCCCAGCUUCCCUACCCAGUCGCAGUCUCCCCUUGAUCAGUGUCAGGGCCAGAGCGACAGCCUUUUCUGCCUUACCUAACCUAUCUAGAUAUUUAUUUCCUCUACUUUUCUUUUAAGAGUUAGUGAAGCCACACUGGUGCUCACCCCCAACCCCCCCCAC